AAGACUGUAGGCGCUCAACAGAGAUCGUAACCGGUGCGACACCAGAGUCAAUGCAUGUUUGAGUAGUGUUGUUUUAUUUCUACCCCUGCUUAGUUUUCUGUAGCACGAGGACUUCUUGGUAGCUUGUCCACCGCUGUCCUGCGUGCCAUGUUUGUGAGUGCUCUUCUGCUGAUUGCUGUGUUCUUUUUCCAGGAUGAGUGCCUCUGCAUUAAGGUGGGUGCGACGAUCGCAGCGAAGCCGUUCCUCUCUCUACCGGAGUUGCAGAGGACGAGGCAAACGUGCCGGCUAUCCCAUGGGUGCUUUGGUGCCGGACCGCUGCCUCCAGCGGCGUUUGACGAGCGGGUGGGGGAAAGCGGCAAGCAGGCUGGUUUUUUGGGAGGCACGCUGCAGCCGCCGCCGCACGCUCGUGGGGAUGAUAGCAACUCUUCAGCGGUGUUUCUGCAACGCGCCGACGCUGGCUCUGUGCAGCUAGCAGCAGCAAGACCCCGCGAAGAUGCAGGAGCAAGCGAGGGGCCGCAGGAUGGCUACUUCGGCGGCACGACUCAAGACCUAAUCGGGGAUGAUUUCGCAUCGGAAGUAAGGUUACCACCCGUGGAAGUUGCGGUGGAUCGUGCGAAAGUUGGUGUUUCCGGGUCACGUCCACGGAAUUAUAAAGAAGGUAGCGCUUAUUUCCACGUUCCAGCUCCUCUAGACGACGACUGGGAUGUUGAUCCCGACCAGCUGGAGGAACAGGCUUCUACCUACGCCAGUACAGCAUAUUGUUCCCCCGCGACGCAAACUGCCUCGCCUUUAUCGACGGAUCAUGCAAAACUGUCUCCCACCCACGACGAUCGCUACAGCUUCGGCCUGGCGACGCUGCUGCCCGAGCCGACUGCACAGCCUGACACGACAGAGGGCAGCCCAGUAUUUGGAUCUGCGGCCGCAGCGACGCCGUCACGUGAAGUCGACACAAGUGCUGGCAUGUCGAAGAAUGGGAGACGAAUUACGGUGCCCGCGAGCGACCAAAGUUCGUUUUUCGAGGCGGUAAUUUCUGCAGAACAAGCACACAGUACGUCUACCGGCCGAAGGCUACCACUGCAACCUUCCGCCCAAUUCCAGCCGUUCCAGUUUAGGCCUGACUCGCGGAAGGAGUCCAUUGUUGCACCAUCCGUUCGGCAUGCCAAGGAAAAACUCAGCGGGACGAUGAAAGGCGAGGCGGCGUUCGCAAUGCAAAAAGCGUCAUCGCCGUCGGGUCGGGAGCCAGGCAAUAGACUGCAAGGCGCGGUAGAGCGUCGCGGGACGUCGGCCGGGGACGCGUCUGUGGGAACUGCUUUCUUCACCAGACCAGACCACGCGGAGAGCAGCCCCAUACAAGAGUUGCGUGCAACGAGACCACCAAAGUCAAUGGAUCCGUGCGCCAGGCUGCUGCGGGAUCGGAUCCUCGAGCCUGGAGAGAAUGAUGAUCGAGUCGUAGCUCCUCAUGACGAUGCUGCUGGUGCUGGCGCUUCUUGCCGGAAAAUGGAGCAGCAGAAGUACCCCCUCUGCGCGCUCUUAUUCGAUUUGCUGGAGCCUGUCGGGAUCAACCCAAGAUCAGCUGCUUUCAGUGCGCCGCGCGCGGGUAAAAUUGAAGAGGCUGAGAGUUGUGCGGGCAUUUUCCGUGGCGGGUGUGCUGUUGAUGGGAAUUUGUCGGAAGGAACAAACCUUCAGCGAACUAGCAGCUCCAGUUCUUCCUCAGGCGCGUCUACUGCUGCAAGUAGUUCGGCACAACAACCUGGCGGGAGCGAAAGCAGAAGCGGUUUCACCUCACAAGCUGGCAAUGUUGUCGCAGCUAGUACCACGAGGACCCCGGCGGUUCCGUGUUACGAGUGGAUGCUGCAACAAGCAGGGACCCACGGCCUGCUAGCACAGGAAGCGCGAAAAUCCGACGCGCGCAAAGCCCGAGCCCGGGAAACCAGAGUCACAGAUUUGCGUUCCUGUCUCGCGCCACCGCCGGCAAAGUUGGUGCGCGCCACCUGCUGCCCGAUUGAGCAAGCUCGGUUCCUGUCUGCGCUUUACCGCCCGUUCAACGAGGUUCUACCGAUUUACAGUGGGUCUGGGAGGGCACAACAACCAAGCGGCGCAGCAGGACGGGCAGCAGUACUGGUCCCCACAGAUCAUAAUUCUGGCGCGAGUAAAGCGGAGGAAACAUCAUUGGGCGAAACGCCUGUAGAAAGUCUGUCCUCUUCAACAUCUGCGAUCGCCACGUUUCUCAAGGUGUUACUCCUUUCCGACAAGGUGUCGCGAAUCCUUGCGCUGGAGGAGGACGGUGAUGAUUCCGGACCACCUGCUUCAAGACCCCCAUCUACGUCUCAGGCGCGCUGCCUCAGAGGAAGCACAGACAACAAAGUGUGGAAGACGUUUCCGCGCCUGCUGCGCAAAAACCACGGCCCCGGGCAACACAAGGGGCGACAGGGACGAAAGGUGAAGAAGUUUCUGGUGUACUUCUUCUCCGAAACACAAAAAGCACCAGGGAAAGCAAACCAGACCGCAUCUUCUCGAGGGGGCGGGGGUGAUACCACUGCACCUUAUGCCGUAGCGCCUUUGCUGGAUCAGCUGGCGGGGCCGCUGGGGCAGAUAGCACAUCACAUGCUGGGGGGCGACGAGGUCGGAAGACCUACUGCUAGUAGUUCUACCUCUGGUCCACCUUGUUCUGGUGCGGGUCCCGUCGAUGAAUUAGGCUUCGGCCUCUACUUCGAGCAAGAUAUUGGCUGUGCUCCUGCCGGAAAGGCGACAGGAAUGGCAGCAGAAAAAGACGAUAUAUCGUCCCGUAGUUGCUGCAAAGCCGGAUCAGCGGGAGCGUCCGAUGUAGCUGUAUUUUUGCACGACGAAGCGGGCCACGUCGUGCAUGCGGGUGAAAAUAAGGAAAUAAAGUCCGGCGACGACCAGGAGCAGUCGCCCUGCGUGCGCGCGGUUCUCUGCAACGUACGUGCCUACCAGGUUCCGGUAAUGCUUCCUUUGUUGGAGCAGCUGCGCCGCGCUGCGGCCUUCCCAGACCAGGUCGAGCGGGAACUGCAGACGGAGUGCAGUCUGGCCACCGUGGAGGAAAGCGUCCUGCUGCACUUGAGUAGAAUGCUGCACUGCAGUCCGGAAUCGUGA